UAACUGGCAGUGCUUACCUGCCGUUAACGCCGGCCGGACUCCAAUCAGUGGGACGCUUGUUCGUCACACAUCUCUUAAGCAAAUUUCACAUUCCUGUUGUGCCUGAAGUUAGUGGAAAAAAUUGUGAAAAAGAGUUUAUUCCUAUUGUGCGCUCUGGUGCCUGGGUUGAUAUUGGAUAUCGGCAGAACAUGGAAGAUGCGUAUGUUUGUUGUGAUAACUUUACUGAUGAAUACUGCCUUAAGAAUACGGGAGAUGGACCCAAUGCAUUUUAUGGGGUAUUUGACGGGCAUGGUGGAAGGCAUGCUGCUGAUUUUGUCUGCAGUAACUUGCUAAGGCUUAUCAUGGAGGAUGAGGAUUUUCCAAAACAUAUUGAAAAAGUGAUUACUUCUGCAUUCUUGCAAGCAGACACUGCCCUUGCAGAGGCCUGCACUAUUAACUCUGCUCUUGCUUCUGGCACGACUGCUUUGGCAGCACUUAUUGUUGGCAGAUAUCUGGUGGUGGCCAAUGCGGGGGAUUGCAGGGCGGUAAUUUCUCGUCGAGGCAAGGCCAUUGAGAUGUCUUGCGACCACAAGCCCUCCUGCAUCAGGGAGAAGAAGCGGAUCGAAGCUACCGGUGGCUUCGUCUACGAUGGUUAUCUCAAUGGACAGCUCAACGUGGCCCGGGCUCUCGGAGAUUGGCACAUGGAAGGGAUGAAGGAUGCCGAUGGCCUGGGACCGCUUAGUGCCGUGCCCGAGGUGAAGAAGAUGAAACUCACCGAGGAGGACGAGUUCCUCAUCAUUGGCUGCGAUGGAAUAUGGGACGUCUUCCGAAGUCAGAAUGCGGUCGAUUUCGCUCGCCGAAAGCUGCAAGAACACAACGACCCUGCUGCAUGCUGCAAGGAAAUCGUGGACGAGGCGCUCAAGAGGAAGAGCGGCGAUAACC